AAAAAUGAUAUAGCAUUCAACAUACAUCUCAUAUAACAUAUUAAGGUUCAAUUAUGGUUAUACUCUCAAUGUACUCGACUCGAUAAAACUGUAUGUGAGAUGUACAUUUUUACUUGGUACGGUUUUUAAACUCUUCAAUUUUUCACUUUAAAAAUCGUAACACAAGUUUCAUUCAGCUUUAAUUAAACUUUAAAAUUUCGUCAAAGUGAAUACGUGAUUGUAAAAACUACUAAGUUCAGGAACGUUAAUUAUACACACCCAUCGAGUGUUCAAAAUUCAAAAAUUUCUGUUUGGCAUUAUAAUAUAUUUAUUGUCUUGUGAUCAGCAAAUUCAUUUCUUUUGCAGUACAACAUGGAUUUGAUGUCUGAUCAAAAGGGAAAAUUGAAAUACCCCAAGUCUACAUGGUUUAUCGUGAUCAAUGAAUUUUGUGAACGAUUUACAUUUUUUGGAUUGAAAACCGUUUUGAUUUUGUACCUGACAAGAAUAUUGAAGUUUAACGGAGACCAGUCGACGAUAAUAUAUCACAGUUUCAUAUUUCUAUCGUACUUCGUGCCAAUGCCGUCCGCGAUAUUGGGAGACUCUUAUUGGGGAAAAUUUAAAACAAUUGUAUAUUUGUCAGCAAUCUACGUACUGGGAUGCAUCGUGCUCACCGGCGCAUCUAUCGCAAAUAUGUUCAGCCUGGACGUUCAAAAAAUCUUUGCUUUCCUCGGGUUAUUUUUAAUAUCCAUUGGUACAGGUGGUGUAAAACCGUGCAAUUUUGCGCUUGGUGGAGAUCAAUUUCAAUUGCCUCAACAAGAAAAAUAUUUACAAUACUUCACCACCAAGUUCGCGUUGGCCGUAUACAUUGGAUCGUUAUUUUCAACGUUUUUGAUGCCCGAAUUGCGACACAGCAUACAUUGUUUUGGCAGAGACUCGUGUUUUCCGUUGGCUUUCGGUGUACCCACCAUUAUGAUGUUUAUAGCCAUAGUGAUACUCAUAGCUGGGAAAAACAUGUACGUGAAAAAAAAACCGGAAAAUAAAGUCUUAAUCAGGACGUUUGGAUGUAUUUUUUGCGCACUUCAAGCGAAGAUAACAUCAACCGUUCCAUGCAAAACUCACUGGUUGGAUAACGCAAAAGGAAAGUACACAGAAUCAGAGAUAUCUGACACGAGGUCUGUUCUAGACGUGAUCUGCGUAUUUACGGCAUAUCCAGUAUUUUGGUCACUGUAUGAACAACCGAGUUCAAGGUGGACGUUGCAAGCCAUGCUGAUGAACGGUCGCGUGGACUUCUUAGACUGGACAAUCAAACCCGAUCAAAUUCAGAUGCUAAUACCAUUAUUUGGAGUAAUUAUUCUAAUGAUAUUUGACGACGUUUUGUGUCCGAUGUUUGCAGCUAUAGGAAUCCGGAAACCAUUGCAAAAGCUAACCUUUUGCGGUGUCCUUGCGGUCAUAGCAUUUGUGUUCGCAGCUUUACUACAGUUUAAAAUAGUUGGAAACACAACUGAAAUUCCAGCUGGACAAGGUCGGUUAAACAUCUAUAAUGGAUUCGAUUGCCAUGUGUUCCUAAAAUCGAAUUCAUUACAAUUACAACACCAAAUCGGCCCCCUAGAAAUGUUCAACGUCAGUCAUGUGGUUGUUUCUCAGAAUGUCUCAGGAGAGGUCAUCAGGAUCACAUUAGGUUUCGAAUCAAAGUGCAAUGUUGUGUCAGACAACUACGAGUUGAAUACUACAUUAACAAUAAUCGAAGGAAAAGAGAUUUCUUAUCACUUGACCCGAUUACAUUCAAACAAAAUUGCAUUGAAUCGUAUUGGUAUUCAUGACAGUUUAAUCAAAGAAAAGUUUGGGAACCCAAAUUUAAGAAUUUUGAUCGACAAUACUUUUGAUUUCGACGAUGAUAUUACAUUGAAAAGUGCAGAACACACCUCAUUUACUUUGUACUCUAUAGAUCGGUUUCGGGGAAUGGACUUUAAUACCAUAAAAGUCGGAAAAUAUAAUGUAUUUUACAACGGAAAAAUGUUGCCCACAUCGACUAUGGAUAUAAUACCAGCGACGUUUUAUACACUUACUUUACAACGAAAUGACAAUAAAACGGAUGUACGAAUAUUUACCAAAGACGAAGGAAACUACAUUCACAUUUUGUGGCAGCUUCCUCAAUAUUUGUGCAUGAGUAUAGCCGACGUCAUAUUCGCGAUCACCGUUAUAAAAUUCGCAUUUACUGAGGCCCCAAAAAGCAUGAAGUCGUUAGUAGCCGCUAUUAAUUUUUUGACACUGGCACUUGGAAAUUUGUUGGUCGUUAUAAUUUCAACAAUUUCAUUUAAAAAUCAGGCAAAUGAAUUUCUACUUUACUCUGGUCUUAUGCUUGCCGACACGUUAUUGUUAGGUUAUUUCAGUGUGGUUUAUCGGAGUAAAAAUACAAAUAUAACUAAUCCAAUAACACCGAACGAGAACAAAACGGAAGAAACUACUGUUGUCAACUGAAUGCGAUUUUAUUCGACUAAACUGGCGACAAAACCAGAUUUGAAGAAUUAUUUUUUGUAGUUCUAAUUAUGUUACGAUACUAAUAAUAUAAAAUGUCGGUAUUUUGAAAUUCUA